AUGGAACUGCAGGCGGAUGGUUCGCAGGAAACAGGUUGCUUUGAUCUGACCUGUCCUGGAUUUAUUCAAACCAGCAAUGAAAUUGCCUUAGGUGCUGCAAUUUAUCCAAUACCAGUUCCUGGUGGUCUUCCAUACCAAAUAACUAUUUACAUCUAUAAGGAUCCAAUUACUAAUAAUUGGUGGGUGCAAUAUGGUGAGAAGACCAACAUAGGUUAUUGGCCACCAGAAAUAUUCAAAGCAAUUUGCUACAAUGCUGAAUCAGUGGAAUGGGGUGGUGAAGUUUACAGUACAACGGUUGGACAUUCGCCUCAUACCAAAACACAAAUGGGUAACGGACGAUUUUCUGGGCCUGAUUCGGCUUCCAUAUCGAGGAUGAGAAUUCAUGAUAAUUCUGCGAUGCUGAAGAUCCCAGACUGGGUUUAUUAUUACUCAGAUGAAUAUAAUUGUUACAACGUUCGAUAUCUUGCGGAUUACGUUGAAGAUCCUGAGUUUUAUUAUGGAGGACCUGGUAGUAAUAUGAUGUGCCCUUAA